AUGCCUGACACUAUUGAUUUGACCGGCUCAUCACCAUCUAUGCCACGUCAAACAAGAAGUUCAACUCGAGCACUCUCUUCAACCACCGCAUCCUCAAGAAAGGAUCAGACAACAGACGCUUCCUCUCACAAACCAGAGAUAGAAACUCUAUUCUCUUUAUCUAGCCUUGGCCUCUCAAAAGAGCACCACAAUGCCCUCAUCUUUAAACGCAACUGGCUGACCUCUCACACCAUUCCUAUUCCCCGAGAUGCUUUCCGACCUUUCAUCUCAAGUCCAAAGGGACUUGAUACAGUAGCCGCAACAUUUGUCUUUGCACAGUCAGAGGCUGGAACUGCAGUCUGCAUCUCGCCCGAUGGGGUCCUCCUCACCUGCGCACACUGCGUUGCAGAAGAACCCUCUGAGCUAACAGCUGAUGCAUCACACGUCCUCUUAUCAUCAGAUGGAAAGGUUGUUUCAGCGAAAGUGGUAGCUUGGGAUCCAAUACGCGAUCUCGCUUUACUUCAGAUCGACAAAGCCGAGCUUCCUCACCGGCCGUUUCCCCGUGCCCGUAUCGCAACCUCGCCUCCCAAGUUCAACACUGAGCUAAUAUGCAUCGGCCAUCCGGGCUCCGAGGACCUCGAGGCUGAACGCAGUGGUGUAAAGACAGAGUACGACACACUCGUUCUUACCGAGGGGACUUUCCGUGGCCUAAAUAAGAAUCAAGAUCCGCAGGAUAACAGUGAGAUCGGCGCUCUUAAGCAUAGCUGCUGGACGUACUGGGGACAUAGCGGUGCAGCAUUGUUUGAUCGGAAAACCAGGGCAUUGGUAGGCGUGCAUUCAAGCUGGGAUGACAAGACGCGCAUGAGGAGGGGAGUGCCAUUGGAAGCGGUGGUUGCGUUCGUCGAAGAGGUUGAAGCGAGCAAGAGGGAAGACUUUACAGAGGAGUGGCAAUGGUAUGUGAAGUGGGAGCCAGAACCCACCUUCACAUCCAGGGCUUGA